AUGCCUCGUGAGAUUAUUACAUUACAAGUGGGACAAUGUGGUAAUCAAAUCGGAGGUAGAAUGUGGGAUUUGAUUUUGAGGGAACACGCUUCACAUUUUCAAAGUAAGAAAAAUCAGAGCCCCGAUUUGUUGUAUGAUGACCCACUUUCUACAUUUUUCAAAUGGGACUAUGAUGGAAAAGCAAAAUCAAAUAGUGGUGGGCAUUUGCCUGAUAUUAGGGCGAGAGCUGUACUUGUGGAUAUGGAGGAAGGAGUGUUGCAGAGUUUGUUAAAAUCGGAAAUUGGAGGCCUAUUUAAUAAGGACCAACAAUUUAUCAGUGACGUGAGUGGAGCAGGAAAUAAUUGGGCUCAUGGGCACGAAGUAUAUGGUCCACAGUAUCACGACGAAGUGUUGGAUAAGGUAAGAAGGGAAGCAGAGGACUGCGACUCUUUACAGAGCUUCUUCAUAUUACAUUCUCUAGGAGGAGGUACAGGAUCUGGUUUGGGAUCUUAUAUUGUCAAAGUGUUGCAUGAUGAAUUUCCAGAAAUUUACACAUUCACAACAUGUGUUUUUCCAUCAAAAGAUGACGAUGUUAUCACAUCUCCCUAUAACUCAAUUUUGUCGUUGAAUGAAUUAACACAACACUCAGACUGCGUUCUUCCUCUUGAAAAUCAAGCAUUAUACGACAUGUGCCAGCUUGUAAACUCUUUAGAGAAGAAGAAGGAUGUGUAA